CCCUUACAAUGUAUUACCGCCAUUGGACACACAAACUAGCUUCUACGUGUACUUGACUAGCUUAAUUUAGGGUCAGCGCAUAUGAGCUAGUGUGCAUAGAUGUACACACACUGCAUUAGCGCUCGCUGUCACCACUGUGAAUUUGACGAAUGAGGUCGGAGGGUGAAGAGAGCAGUAAUGUUCUACAUGUAUGCACAGUUGCACACUAUAAUUUCGCUUUUAUUGGUUUUAAAAUCCUGCGAAAUUACAUGUGUAUCCUGUCUUGGUAUUUGUUUAUUACAUGAGGAAAAACGCACGCGAUUUCAAUGAGAUACGGUUACUGCGGGUUGUCGUGACGGGAUGGACAUACAACACGGAUAAGUGGAAAGAAAAUUCAUAUCGGUAAUUCAGCAUGGCUUUCUUCCACACCUCGAGUUUUCAACUGAAGACACUGGUCUUCCUCGUAUUGAUGUCAUACAAGAGAGCAUUUGCUGUUGACAGUUCUGUUCGCUUGUAUGGAGGAUCUUCGGAUAAAGAAGGAUUCGUUCAAAUCAACGUGACAGGUGAAUGGAGGACCAUCUGCAGUGACGGAUGGGAUGCACUGGAUGCUCUGGUAACCUGCAGACAGCUUGGGUUUACUGAAGGAUAUGCUAUGCUUUGGUCGAAGCAGAGUUCUUCAGAUUAUUGGUAUGGUGCGACACCUGGUAUGGUGCCAGAACCUACCUUUUUAACAGAGGGAAGCAAUUUCGCUUGCAACGGAAACGAGGAAACCCUGUUAUCCUGCAAGUACACGAAACACGACACAUAUUGUCCAACAUUAGCAACAGUCACUUGUGUUGCUGUUGAUAGUUCUGUUCGCUUGGAUGGAGGAUCUUCAGAUAAAGAAGGAUUUGUUCAAAUCAACGUGACAGGUGAAUGGGGGAACAUCUGCAGUGACGGAUGGGAUGCACUAGAUGCUCUGGUAACCUGCAGACAGCUGGGGUUUACUGAAGGAUAUGCUAUGUUUUGGUCGAAGCAGAGUUCUUCACAUUAUUGGGAUGGUACGACACCAGAACCUACCUUUUUAACAGAGGGAAGCAAUUUCGCUUGCAACGGAAACGAGGAAACGCUGUUAUCCUGCAAGUACACGAAACAAGACACAUAUUGUCCAACAUUAGCAACAGUCACUUGUGGCAUUACAGCAGCCAAAUACAAUGCAGUACUUGCCAAUACUAAUUUACCGGCCGACUUUGAUUCUCGACAAUUGAUAAAUACCGUCGGCACUUCAAACGGCAACUCGCAUGGCCAAUUGCUUGUUACACACAACAACAACCAAAAACCUGUACAUCUGACUGGCGGUGUAUGCGACAUGGACCAGCAAGCGGCUAUGUUGAUAUGCGAUGCUCAUGGAUAUAGUCGUGGUGGAGAGAAAACCAAAGUCCCAACACCAGAAGGCCUACCAAUGUUUAUCGGCACGAUAACAUGUCUUGACUCAUUGAGAUUAGACUACUGCAAAACCCAGUUCACAUCGACGGGCGUGUGUCCUGAUGGCAUCAAAUAUAAUGGAGUGCAGUGUUUUGCUACGGUUGAUAGUUCUGUUCGCUUGUAUGGAGGAUCUUCGGAUAAAGAAGGAUUCGUUCAAAUCAACGUGACUGGUGAAUGGAGGUACAUCUGCAAUGACGGAUGGGAUGCACUGGAUGCUCUGGUCACCUGCAGACAGCUGGGAUUUACUGAAGGAUAUGCUAUGUUUUGGUCGAAGCCAAGUCCUCCCCCCCAUUAUUACUAUCAUUCGACACCUCCGCCAGAACCUACCUUUUUAACAGAGGGAAGCAAUUUCGCUUGCAACGGAAACGAGGAAACGCUGUUAUCCUGCAAGUACACGAAACACGACACGUAUUGUUCAACAUUAGCGACAGUCGCUUGUGGCAUCACAGCAGCCAAAUACAAUGAAGUACUGGUUAAUGCUAAUAUACCGGCCCACUUUGAUUCUCGACAUUUGAUAAAUACCAUCGGCACUUCAAAUGGCAACUCGCAUGGCCAAUUGCUUGUUACACACAACAACAACCAAAAACCUGUACAUCUGACUGGCGGUGUAUGCGACAUGGACCAGCAAGCGGCUAUGUUGAUAUGCGAUGCUCAUGGAUAUAGUCAUGGUGGAGAGAAAACCAAAGUCCCAACACCAGAAGGCCUACCAAUGUUUAUCGGCACGAUAACAUGUCUUAACUCAUGGGGAUUAAGGGACUGCAAAACCCGGUUGACAUCAACAGGCGUGUGUCCUGAUGGCAUCAAGUAUAAUGGAUUGCGGUGUUAUACAACAGAGAGACCGUCCGUCAUUGGAGCCUUCGUUUUCGCUGGCGUGUCAUCCAUUUUAAUUCUCAUUGCCGGUGCGUGUGGUGUACACUGGAUUCGGAAAGAUCGGAAAAUUCCACACGCCGCUCUUGAGAACGAGCCUGAUGACGUCAUAGCCUGUCAAUCUGACUCAGAACCAUGACUUGUUAUUGAUCUUUAAUUUGCCAGUUUACUGUUUAUUGUAACUGUAAUGAUAAGGUAUCUUAUUAUACAUGUAAAGAGGUGACUGGUUUUGAUGACUAGCCAUACACCCCACCCUGUUGCCCCAUAAAAUGAUGUAUUUCACACGACGCAGUUCAUGCAAAAGGCUUUAACAAAGACGUGAGUAUGACCCCACAACAUUAUUUUGUUAACACUCUACAUUAUUUAUGUUAAAGACCGUGUCAAAAAUCCACGUUGCUACAAUAACCACGAAAGGUGGCGUGAGCUUAGUUAGCUUCCUUUUAAUAUCCUGCAGAAUACUUGGGAGUAUCUCAGUAGUGGUGCUGAAUAGCAUAUUCAACAACUGUGUGUGAAUCCUGUAGAGAAUAGCAAAGAUAAAACAAAGAAUGCCUAUUGUUUCAAAUUACACAAAUUGUUCCUUUCACAAAGUAAAUAGUUAAAACUAUUUAAACUGGAAAAUGCAUUACUUUCUACACUUUUAUCUGUAAUAUGUUCUUUUCUCUUAGACUGCUUUCUUUGUUAGCAAACUCAAGUAAAUACAUGACCUUCAAAGAGUAUUUAUCAAGUUUGAGACUGGAGUAAAGCAACUAGAAAUAUUGAGAUUUAUGUUCAAACUCUUAUGAUAUAACUAUUUCUUUCACUACUACUUCAAUCAAAGUUGUCUUCUUUAAAGCAAAGUAAUGAAUAUAUUGCCUUUGUCUUUGUCAUUAGCAUAUUAUAAAUCACAUUAAAAUGAUCCAUUCUCUUUCCUCACUAUUAAAACAAGUAUCCCGAUGUUACACCAAGAACGAUUUAAACAAGGCUAAUCGUAAGGCGAAUCACUAAAAAAUAUCACUCCGCUUUAUAAUUUGUGCGUACAUGUACCGUAGGUGGUGGUAAAUCAAGUCUUUAUUAGAGAUCAUGUACACAAAACCAAAAACGGCAGGUUAUAAUGAACAAUACAUACAAUAGCAAAGUACAUUAACAAUAACAAUACAAGUUGCAGUGUAAUAAUAUAUGUGAUAACAAGGAGCACCGGGAUAAAGAGAGAGGGAAAAGGAAGAUGUGAAAAGGAGAAAAGGAGAAAAGGAGAGGAAAACAGAAGUGGCAUAGUACAGAACAGGGUAAAAGAAGAAGAUUGUAACAUUAUGGUGAGGAAGCUAGGAGAUCCCCAUACAUGAUACAUAAAUGAAUAGUGUAUAAUUGAAUCGAGAUAAAUUGCGUAUUACGUUAAAUAUUGUCAUUUUGGUACAGAAUGGUUACAAGUUCAUUGAUAAA